AUGGCAGCCUUCCCAGACGGAGAGCAAGUAUACGCGACGCUCCUGUUGACGGAUUCGUACCUCCCAGGCGCGCUAGUGCUUGCACAUUCCCUCCGAGACGCGGGCACCUCACGAAAGCUCGUCGUCUUCUUCACCCUCGAUAGUGUCUCCGCCGACUCCAUAACGCAACUACAGGCCGUUUUCGAUCAUAUCAUCCCUGUCCCUAGAAUCCGCAAUGAACACCGCGCGAACCUGUACCUGAUGAACCGUCCUGAUCUCGACUCUGCAUUCACAAAAAUCAACCUCUGGAAGCAAACCCAAUUCUCCAAGAUUGUAUAUAUAGACGCCGACGUCGUCGCCUACCGCGCCCCGGAGGAGCUCUUUGCACUUCAGCACGCUUUCGUUGCUGCGCCAGACAUUGGAUGGCCAGACAUCUUCAACACUGGUGUAAUGGCAUUGACACCCAAUCUUGGAGACUACUAUGCCCUGCUAGCCAUGGCGGAGCGCGGUAUCUCUUUCGACGGCGCAGACCAGGGUCUGUUAAACAUGUACUUCAAAAACACCGUCCACCGCUUGUCUUUCACCUACAAUGUCACACCUUCGGCGCAUUAUCAGUACUUACCAGCAUAUCGCCACUUUCAAUCGAGCAUCAACAUGGUGCAUUUUAUCGGCCCCAAGAAGCCGUGGUUCGAGGCUCGCCAUGUGCUACACGGAGACUCGCCCUAUGGGGAAAUGGUGGGCAGGUGGUGGUCAGUCUAUGAUCGCCAUUACCGUACACAGAAGCCUGAUCUGGCCCACUCCAUAGACCCCGGAAGUCAGACGCAACCGGAAACAAAAGCUGGGCAACCUGUUUCUCAACAACAGCAGCCUUCACCACCACGGGUACAGGGUCAAACGCACGAUCAUCAUCAAGUGACUGCCCCUCAGUCGACCGGGCCCCUAAUUGCCCCUUUUGUGCCUCGGGUCACGGUGGAAAAUGUCCAAGAACAGCAGGAGGCGAAAAAGAAAGCCCAUUCGCGCGACCAGAGUUGGGAUGCUCAGCGACAACCUCCUCCAAGAUAUUCGAAGCCAGAAGCGGAGAACUUCCCGAAUACGCAUUACUCAAUGUCACAAGAUGUCAAGCCAUUCGUACCUCCCGCGAGAUACCCGAGUCCGCCCCGUGACAUGUGGUAUGAGGUUCCCACGCAUCGCCCCGCACCGUCGUCUCAGUCACCGAAGGCGAUAUUCCCCUGGGAAGGCCAGCAGCCGCAGGCAUCUCGGGCAUUCCCUGCUGUACCUGACGAGCCGCUGACUCGUCUUGGUAAAGAGACGGAAGUCGAGGCAGACACGAUGCAAGAAACUGCCCCUGAAGUUGAUUCAGUACCGACCAAGCCUUCUCCCGCCAAUCCUGUACCUUCCCCGAGCGUAUGGAGCUCGUUCACUCUAGUGAACGCAUGGGACGAUGUGCCCGAGAUCAGUCGGUAUGUCGAGCGCACCAGAGGUCACCGAAGAGGCAAGAGUUCCCAAAUCAGCCUGCAGGCCUCGAAGGGCGGGGAUGCUCCUGAGCCGUCUUCCAAGAAGAAGCUCAACUUCCAAAGCCUCAAGCUCACAGACUUUCCUACCGAGGUUGAGCGCCCAAGCCUGCCUGUCACACCUGCACCCGUCCGCCGGCCAUCAUUCUGGGGAGAUGACGGUGAAGAUGCCAGACCGAACGUUGCCGGACCGAUUGUACCAACUGCAGAGGGAGUGCCUACACAAUCUGAUUGGAACCCGGCAGCACAGCUACAGAAACUCGCUGCUCAGCACUCCGAAGAGCUACUCCGACGGCUUUCUGGCGCAGACAGCGAGUCUCUCGGCAUGUUCAACGAGUCACCGUCACGUCUCUCGCAACGGCCCGCGACGCCGGCAGCAACGAGCAAUUCCGGCGUGCUCAGCCCGACGCCUCUCAAGGCCGAGACCACGCCGGCCCGGGCUCUUGAGCAGCAGCAUCUAAGUGGCAGCAGCCAAGCAGACUGA